AUGAAAAUUAGUUUGUGUAGGUGAAGGUUGUGCACUGGAGCCGGGCUGUAGCGUGCUGGGCGGCUCGCCCGUGCUGCGGCCGAGCGGCGCGCUGUCGCUCGGCGAGCGCUCGUGCUGUCGCCUGCAGCUCAGCAACAUCACCCCGCUGCCGACCAGCGGCAAGUGGAUGCCUGCUGUCGAAGGAGAAGACAUUCUCGCUGUAACAUUCAUUCCGGACGAGUUCAAGGUUGGCGGCCACUCUACUGUUGACAUAGUGCUCAGCUGCAGCCGUGUUCUGUGUGAGCAGGUGGUGCUGGAGGCGCGGCGGGCGAGCGCGCGGCGCGCGUGGCUGCGCGAGGCGCGCGUCGCGCACGCGCACCGACCGCUCUACUUGCUCAUCGACGCUGCCAUCUCGGGCGUGGAAGUGACCGUCGAGUUCCCGAUAGGAGGAGACGAGAACACCGACUCCUUCGUCAAAAUACCGAUGACGCAGCCGGAGCGGCCGUGCUCCACCACGCUCGACCGACUGUCGACUCCCGAGGAGAUGUUUGCGCAGGACGACCGCAAGAGGGCGCUGCAAAAGGAGAACAUCUGUCAGUGCCACUACGAGAUGAUCUACAUCCCUCCCCCCCCUCCCCCCGCGCCGCCGGAGCCCCCCGGGGAGGAGCGCGGGGGGGAGGAGCCUGUAUCCAUUUUGGAAGAGCCUCCAGCGCUCACUCGCGUGUGUGGGUGCGCGCGGCUCGCGAGGCCGCUCCUGCCGCAGCACAGCGAGCCCUACUGCCUGCAGUUCCGAGACUUGCCCGUCAGAACCGUGAGGUCCCGCACGCUGGUGCUGCACAACGCGUCGCGCCUCGAGGCGAGCUGGCGCGCUGCCGUGCGGCGCUGGCCGCGGACACACGCCCGGACUGUUGACAGAGAGCAGUGGGCGGGCGACGUGCACUGUUCGGGCGUGGUGCUGGACGUGCGGGCGCGCGGCGGGCGGCUGGCGGCGCGGCGCAGCGUGGCCGUGCGGGUGAGCGCGUACGCGGCCUGCUGGGGGCUGUACCGCGACCAGCUGCUCAUACAGGUGGAGGGCUUGUCGCCGCUGGUGCUGGACGUGUGGGUGCAGGCGGUGGGCGCUCCGCUUCAGUUCCCGCUGCGCCCCGCGCCCCGCACCGCACACCCGCCCGCGCUCUGGAUGUCGUAUUCGGACCCGGAUCGUGUCGUGCGCGUCACGAACACGUCCCGCGCCGACCUCACCACCGACGUCUAUCUCGUGAGAGAGCAUGAGUAUCCGCAAGACGAGCUGCCGCUCCGCCUCUACCUGCGGUUCGUCGACCUGCCUCCUCGGCUCUGCGCUUGCGUUACUGCUUUUGAAUCGAACACAAAGUUAAAAGACGAGUUAACCGACGGUGCUGUCUGUAGCGACAUGGACACCGGCGUGGAACUGUUCCUGGCACCAGACCACGGGGUUCAGAGCACCGAUGGUUUUUAUCAAGUCGAGCCUCAACAGCUGCGCGUGCGGGCGGGGCAGAGCGCGGCGCUCCGCGUGCGGCUGCAGCGUCGGCUCCAGCUCGCUCCGCCGCACGCGCUGCUGCUGCGCUCCGCUCCGCGCCCGAGCGCUGGUCGCGGCUGGUGCCGGCCGCCGCCGCCGCCGCAGCUGCUGCGGCUGCGCCAGGCUCCGCGCGAGCCGCAGCUGCAGCUGCUGUGCUCCGAGCUGCGCGUCGUGCUCUGCGCGCUCGACCUGCCCGACCACGACAUACUGCGGGUGCGCAAGAAGUUCCGCAUACAGAACAUAGGUGAAGGUCCUCUGGAGGCGGUGGCCGCGACCGAAGCCCCCUGGCGCGUGGAGGUGUCGCGUGACGUGUGCGACGCGCACUGUGUACGGCUGGAUAGGAACUAUCAGUUCGAAGACCUCAAGUUGAAGAUUCCUCCACGCAGUUCUCUUGAGUUGUUCGCGGAGGUGUCGGUGCGGACGGAGGACGCGUGGCCGGCGCGCGGCGCCGCCUACCCGCCCCGGCUCGUGACGACUACCGCCCUCAACUUCUACGAUCAUGAUAACGUCUUGUUGUUGUCGUCGCCCCUCACCCUGGAGCUGGAGCGGCCGGCGCUGCGCGCGCAGCCGGCGGAGCUGGACUUCGGCCUCGUCAGCGACGGCAGCACGAGGAAAGCCUACUUCACCGUCUCACACUCCAGUCUGUCAACCCUUGAGUUGGUGACGCAGUGGAGCGGCGACGGGCAGUUCCGCCUGCACCCGCCCGCGCUCUCGCUGCCAGGCGGCGCGCGCGCCAGGGUCUACGUGCAGUACACCGCCAGAUGGGUAUCGGACCGCUCCUCGGAGGGCUCGGCCUGCGUGUGCGCGUGCGGCGCGGCGGGCGCGUGGUGCCGCGUCGCGCUGCGCGUCACCGCACGCGCCACGCGCCAACGCGCACUGCACGCCGCGCCGCACGCCGACCACACCGACGACGUGCACCUGCUGCCGCGAGAUAGCUGCUGA